CCCGGUCUCGUGUUCCGAGGGAGCAGUGGCGGCCGCGGCGGUUUGAAGGGCUCUGAGCUGCAGCGGGCACGGCCAGCUCUGCAAGUAACAGAUGCGGGUGAAAGAUCCAUCUAGGGCUGUUUCCGAAAAAACCAGAAGAAACAGAAAGCCUAAUACCCCUCUGGAUGAAGACUCUUCAGAUGACAUUGCUGCAGGCUUAACUUGUCAGCAUGUAAGUCAAGCUGUUAGUGUCCACCAUGUGAAGAGAGCAGUAGCUCAGAAUUUGUGGUCAGUUUGUUCAGAAUGUUUAAAGGAAAGAAGUUUUUGUGAUGGAGCAUCAGUAAAACCUGAUAUUUGGUUGUGCCUCAGGUGUGGUUUUCAGGGAUGUAGUCAAAACUCAGAAGGCCAGCAUUCUUUGAAACACUUCCAGACUUCCCGCACUGAACCCCACUGUAUCAUUAUCAAUCUUAGCACAUGGGUUAUAUGGUGUUAUGAAUGUGAUGAAGAAUUAUCAGCACAUCGUAAUAAAAAAGUUUUGGCUCAAAUAGUUGAUUUUCUACAGAAGCAGGUUUCUAAAACAGAAGCAAGUUCAUUUUCCAAAGUAAUAAGGCUUUGUGAAGAAAAAUGUGAAACAGGUGAAAUAUGGAAAGGAAAAUGCCAAAACAGCAGUUUACCAGCUUCUGUGAAAGGAAUUAAUAACUUGGGGAACACUUGUUUUUUUAAUGCUGUCAUGCAGAACUUGGCACAGACUCACAUGCUCAAUGAACUGAUGUAUGAGGUCAAGGAAAAGGGGACAAAGUUAAAAAUUUUUCAUACUUCAGACCCUCAGUUGGAUCCACUAGUGGUGAACCUGUCAAGUCCUGGAACUCUGACUUCUGCUAUGUUUCUGUUCCUUCACAGCAUGAAGGAACCUGGAAAAGGACCACUUUCUCCUAAAAUUCUCUUUAACCAGCUUUGUCAGAAGGCUCCACGAUUUAAAAGUUUCCAACAGCAAGAUAGUCAGGAACUUCUCCAUUAUUUACUGGAUGCAAUGAGGAUAGAAGAAACAAAGAGAAUACAAACUGGCAUACUAAAAGCAUUUAAUAAUCCAACUACUAAAACUGCAGAUGAGGAAACUAGAAAAAAAAUCAAAGCAUAUGGAAGAGAGGGAGUGAAGAUGAACUUCAUAGAUAGGAUCUUUGUUGGUGAAUUGACUAGCACAGUCAUGUGUGAGGAAUGUGAAAAUAUCUCAGCCAUGAAAGAGCCGUUCAUUGAUCUUUCGCUUCCUAUAAUAGAAGAAAGGGUGUCAAAACCUGUUUCAUUGGGAAGAAUGAAUAAAUGUAAGAGUUUACAAGAGGCAGACCUAGAUCAGUACAACUGUACUACUGCUACUACAAUGAAUAAUCAUCUAAAAAGUACUAGGAAACACUCCUUAACUAAAGAUAAGAAUCAGCUAAAUUAUGAAAGAAGACUUGUAAGAAAAUCAUCAUCUGGGGAAGAAGAGAAAAUUCCUGUUAUCAUGCAACAGAAAAAUGGAAACCUUGAAAUAAAUGGGAAUUCUUCAAUUUUGUCCAUAGGAGACACAAGUAGGGUGUCUGAGACUACAGCAAAUGCAAGUCAGACUGAUGGAAGUGAGAAGGAAGUCAGCCAUUCUGAAAGCAGCGCUGAUGCUGACAGUGAGGCUUCAGAAUGUGAAAGUGCUUCAAAGCAAACCAUUUCUGUUAGACCCAGUAGUUUAUCUUUUUUGCAUGAAGGUAUUCCUCCCCAUUCAUCAGUAGUCCCUGAAAUUCCAUUUGCAAUUGCCAAUGAGAGUGGUAAGGAAAUGAUCACUGAAGCCACUGCCAAACUCAGCUUAAGUGACACUGUAACUAGAGGUACAGGGCUUAACAAUGAACAUCAGCCAUUAAAAUUUUCAAGCAAUUCAUUAUGUUCAGUGGAGAAGUAUACGUUAUCUUAUGGCCCCCAGAAUGCUUUCCAAACCCUUUCUCAGAGCUAUACAACUUCUUCCAAAGAAUGUUCAAUUCAGUCCUGUCUCUACCAGUUUACAUCUGUGGAGUUACUAAUGGGAAAUAACAAGCUUUUAUGUGAGAAUUGUACCGAAAAGAAACAGAUGUACCAAAAGAAAAUCAAUUCUACAGAAAAGAAGCCGGAAGGUGUGUAUACCAAUGCCAGGAAACAGUUGCUCAUUUCUGCUGUUCCAGCCAUUCUUAUUCUGCAUCUUAAAAGAUUCCAUCAGGCUGGUUUGAGUCUGCGAAAAGUAAACAGACACGUGGAUUUCCCACUUGUGCUAGAUUUAGCACCCUUUUGUUCUGUUACCUGCAAGAAUGUAACCAGUGGAGAGAGAGUUCUCUAUGGUCUUUAUGGAAUAGUGGAACAUAGUGGCUCAAUGAGAGGAGGCCAUUACACAGCUUAUGUGAAAGUCAGAACAACUUCCAAGAAAUCAUUGGACCAUGUUGUUGGAAAUAAAAAUAUCCACGGUUUAAAAGAAACAACAGGAGCAUCAGCAGGACAGUGGGUGCAUGUUAGUGAUACUCAUGUGCAAAUGGUUCCAGAAUCCAGAGUAAUUAAUGCGCAGGCUUACCUUCUUUUUUAUGAAAGGAUAUUAUAGUGAUCAUGUUCAUAAUUGUGAAAAAGUUAAUGAUUAUUUAGACCACCGUUAUUUAAAUGCUGCAGGGGUAAACUGAAUAUAUAGUGUGCCUUUAUUAUGUUUUUUCUUUCAUAUAAUUUAUUGGAUCCCAUCUUUUAAAAAGCUUUUCAGUUAUUCUCUUUUCAAACAAGUUUUAUUUCCUCAAAACUUUUAAUAUUCCAUUUCCUUAAAUCAAAUGCAUAAUACCUGUUUUUUCUAAGGGUAUGUCAAAAAAUAUAUAAUUCAUGUCUUUGGAUCUGCAGCCCUUGAGUUCUGGGUGGUGUAAUUAAAUGGUAUUAGAAUUUAUCUCAUCAUUGUAUAGAUUUAGACUUUUGCAAGUUACUACCCCUAAAACAUAACUACUAACAGUAAAACCUAACAUAACACAAUAUAACAUGAAGUUAGAUGCAUUCUGUUUUGCUAAAUCUUCUAUAUGGUUUAAACUUUUUUUAGUAGUAGGUUUAUUAAUAAGUAAUUGGCUUACUGCUUUGUAUUUUGAGAACUAAAGGUAUAAAAAAAAUUGGGCAAGUUUAUGUUCUCAGCCAACACGUAAUAGACUUCAAAGAAUAUCCUACACAUGGAUCACAGAGUAAAAUAUUAUAUGUAGGCAACUUGUAAUGGGUUCCCAGUAGAUAGUUGUCAGUUCAUUUAGUACCAUGGGAAAUUGCUAGAUUACAUUUUAAAGUUAUCAGAAUUGUAUUCUUUAUAAUAUUCUCUUGAAAGAAAUUAUAAAACUUUGUAGUCUUAUAUUUUAGUAAAUAUUGACUUUAGCUUUUGGGAGAAAAGUUCCAAGGUCACAGUUCCUUUAUGUACUCAGCAUAUCAUAUACAUUCAGGUUGGGUUAAUUUUAAUUUAAUUAAAUAUAAUGUUAGCUUUUCAGAUUGUUUCUUAUAUACAAGUAUUUUGGGAAUAGUUUUUUCUUUGACCUUGUGACUACUGUGAAAACAUUGCUUUUUUAAAAUAAAUACAAAUAAUAGCUUUGUCAGAAAAUGAAAGUACAAGUAAAACUAAAUCUAUUUAUUGUAUUCUUGACCUGAAAAGUAUUAAAAUUACUUCUCAGGGUUAGAUUAUUUUUUUAAAGGUACUCAGGGUACUUUUCCCCCCCAGCGAUAGAAAUAUUGCAUACAAUUUUAUUUAUUACAAUGAGCCUAUAAUCAGCAUUUUUAACUAUAAAAGUUUGAUUUCACAAUGUCACUUUUAAAAAUUCGAUGAAUAGGAUUAUUAUCGAAGAAAAUAGUUUGUCACAAAAAAAUACUCACAUGGGACAUGACAACUCAAGCAGACUAAGGUGAUGUUUUCUUUUACGUUCCCAUUGUAUACCACCACUUUAAUGGUAUGUCAUUGACCCCAGUUAUAUAACUUCAGGGUACCCUAGUCAAAUGCAUAGGAAUUAAUAGCUGUCAUUAUCCAGGGAGUUUGGUAAAUGUUUGUCUUCCAGUGCAUUCUCUUUAGGAAAUGUUAGGAAAUGUUGGGAAAUAUGAGUAAAAAAGUGGCUGUGCAUUGAUUGAACGCUGCUACCUUGUUAGACCACAACCUUCUGACACAAAAAUAUGAAGUAGACCUCUUAAUAAUUUAUUGACUACUAAAGUUUGUGAUUUAAGCUUUUAAUAGAAUAGAAAUAUGGGGCUUGAAUAGUACACACUUUUAACAAUUUUUUUGUAAAGCAUCAACAUUCACAUUUCAGUUGCAUCUUUAUAGUCUAAAUUUUUAGUCAUUUGAGAGAGAUAUACAUGCUAAGAUUUUGGGAAAAAUCUGAAUGUAUAAUCUGGAAAAGCUAAGCUUUUUUUAAUUAUCAAAAUUAUGAUCUAAUAGGAUACAUCCUAAUCCAAGGAGAUGCUAAGAAAGUGUAGUUUAAUUAUUAGUAAGCUAUCUGUUUGCUAAUCUAGCUAUUUCUUUUUGAUGAUGUUAAGUAUCAGUUAUCUGUUUCUAAACCUACCAGGCCAUUACUAGUAAUUGCACACUUCUCAAAGACAAAGGACUAAAGAAUUUCUGUUGAAAAGCUCUUUCCUAUUGUAUUAGGUUGAAUUUUUUUAAAGGAAAGGAGAGCCAGCGUUUCCUUACUUUAUAUGUGCUUACUUAAACAAAUGGAGCUUGAGAUAGUAAUGCAUUUUCUCAGGAAAGUCUAAAAUUAAGGGAAGUAAAGAAUUCUUCCCAGCCAGAUAAAGCAAAGUAAGUAAUAGAAUAAAAAAAUUUCAGCUCCUACUUAGCAUUAAUGAUUAAUUCAUGAAACAGCUUCUUAAGCAUUGAUUUGAUUACUAUUGCAUAAGUUUUAUAAUCAUAGAAUUUUAGAGCUAAAGAAAGCUUUAGUGAUCUGAUCCAGGGGUUGCCAGGGCCACCAUAGAUCUUUACUUUUAUGCAGCUUUUAACAGGCAAAAGCCUUAACUAUUAGAAACCAUGGAUUGCUGACCCAAAACUGUCAGAGCUUUCAUAUUCCAAGGUUGGAAGCAUAGGGUCCUAAAAGGAGGGGUUACCGCAUCUGGAGGUAGUCUCCUCAUUUAGGCUCUCAUUCAGCAUAGGAGCAAUGUAGGUGAAGCCUGUUUUUUUGCCUACUACCUGUGAUUCCUCCUGUUUUAUACCUCAUUCCUUCAGAGCCAGGUUCUAUCUGCCGUUCGACAGCUACUUUAAGAAAUUUGUACAAAUAUGCUAACAGGAAGAAGUUUUAGGAGUUCUCCAAUGCCCGUCUUCCAUUUUAAAAUGUGUAAACUGCACAUAAAGUUGAUGUAAAAAAAUCUUUGACAUUAUUGUUUUUAAAGAAUUAUUUUCUAAAAAAUAACAAAAAUGGCUCUUUUCUGUUAAAAGGUUAUUGAUUCCUAAUGUAGUCUACUGUACUUAUUUUACAGAUGAAGAAACUGAAAUUAGAAGAUUAACUGAUUUUAAUUGAUUUGUUCUGGUUACUGUUGCUAUUUGGUUACUGGUUACUAUUUGUUUGGGUUACUAUUCUCAUAGUGGCAGAGCUGGAACCAGAACCUAAUUCUCAUGACUUGAAUUCCCAGUGGUCUUUCCACUCACCCCUGCUGCAUGUUUAUCAGUGUAUUCUGGGUUUGACAUUUUACCUCACUGUUCUGAAAGCUGCACUUGCUUUUUUAUAAUUCACUUAGCAAAUAUUUUAAUAUGCAAAAGCCAGAGUGGGUUUUAUUUAUUACUUCAGAAAUAACAUGGAAGAAUGGUGGUUCACUUUUAAUUUCCUUAGCUUUUAUACUAAUUAUGAAAUCUUUAGUCUUGAAAUUUCUUCUCAGGUGACCUUGAGUUUAGGAGCUCUCUUUUCUUAUUAUGCAGAGUCCAGAAUAUUCAUCUUCUGAAAAGAAAAGACACUGUUUGACUAAGAAUAUAAUAUGCUGGUAAUGGCUUUUGCUGUAGAGAAAGUAUGUAUUCUACUUAUCAUACAUAGUACAUUUUCAAAUAUAGUUUUUGUUUCAAAUGUUGUCAAAGUUUAUUCAGUACAGUCUUAUUAAUGGAAAGAUGCAUACCUUCAGGGAUACUUAAGUGAGAGGCCAUUAUGAUAAGGAAAUUUUUAAAAAAAAGGCAGAUCAAGUAACUGGCAAUUUUAUAGAUACCUAAUUCAACUGCCAUGGUCUAAAAUUCUGCCCUUAGCUGAAUGAACGCUUCAGUAGCUGAGAUUUAGUUUAUAAUAUAUGUUUAACUAUACUUUUUUCCCUAUUUUUUUUUGUAUUUCAGUGGUAAAAUUAUGGCUCUGGAGUACAUGUAUAUGCUAGAAAAGGCAGUAUUGCUUAAUCAAGAUUUUACCAUUUAAAAUAAAGCUUAAGACAUGCUUUCUUCAGACUUUAUUUUUUUUAGAUGACUAGAAAGGGUGGUGGAGAGUUAGGAGAUGAAUGAUGAUAAAACCAUCCACAGAAAGAGUUAGUUUUCUGUGAAUUUGGAUUUGCAAACAACUAUUUGGUUGUGUAUUUAAUAGUUUGCAUCCUAUCUGUGAUUAUUGACAUCAGGACUCAAAUACAUAUUUGCUGAAUAUAGCUUAAUAUGAGAAGUAAAAAUUUUGCCAAUGUCUAAUAUUUUUACUAUCAUUAAAAGUGUUCUGCCUAUUUCUAAGUCCUUUUUAUGCAAAUUAUUUCUUCUGCAUGAUCUCUUGUAGAAUAAGCUUAGCAGAAUUUAUAUUUUAUGUGCAAUAAAACUGAGCCUUCAGUUUAAUACUUAGUGCAUUAUCAAAUUGAUUGUAUUUUUAGUUAUUUGAAAGGUUUAUUGUUAAUGUAAAGUUGCCAAGAGGAAAUGUAUUUAUAGUACAAUAGACAGAUGAGAUGAGAAUAUAUUUUUAAUUUUCAAAAAUAUUUUAGAUUAUUAAUUCAUAUCUUUUAUUAUACCUGUAAUUUAAAACAUUCUGCAAUGUUUUAUAAAAGAUAAUCAUGCAUCUAGUUUAACAUGUUGAUUUUAUUGGGGGAAACAUGUACAUUCUUAAUAAAUAUUGGUUUAUUUGA